AUGGAGAGACAAUUUCUAGCUUUUCUUAUCAUGAGUGCAGUCCUGCAGACAUUUGUUCUGGAUGUGACCUCGCGAGGCCGGCUCGGUUUCAGAAAUUUCCGCGGAAGGACAAUUACAACGAUUCGAGCACACUUACCACUGCCGCCAACAAAAGCCCCUUCUACAACUCCAAGCACAACUGGUAAAAUAAGAGCGGGUAAUGGUGCUAGAAAUACUCAAAGUGUAUCUGUUAGUUAUAGUUACUCUAAAAAGACAUUUUUGUCAAAACGUACACCAUCAGUUGCCAAAGUUCCAAAAAGUACAGCAUCAAAUGUCGAAACUAAGGCAUUUACUCAGGCAGAAGAUAAUAACACAAGUGCCUUCUAUAAUACCACACAGUGGCCACCAACAGCGGUCACUGUUGGGAACUCAUGCGUCACCAGUGGUAAUAGUAUGAACACAACCCGACCUACGCCUUCAGGAACAGCGUCAAGUGUGGCAAUAACAAGGAGUGAUAAUAUCGCCAAUGACUGCAGACAUGAAGAAGGUCACAACCGCGACAAGACCCAGAAGUCAGAUGGGGCAGGUAUUCAAAAGAUAGAGGAAUUCCUCACGAGUAAAGGUUGCUUUUCAGCGUCGUUUGACGAGGAAUCAGGAGAAUUUAUUUUCGAGAGCCCUGCAACCACAAAGGAAUCCAUGAGGCACGAAAAAAUUCUGAAUACCCUUGAGACGACACUCAUGAGCUUCUCUAUUACAGCAGAAGUAAUUUCCUUUGCAUUCCUCUCAGUUGUAAGAGUUUCAAAGUCGGAGCGGAUUUUCGUGCACAAGAAUCUGCUCAUAUCGCUGGCUUUUGGACAUACAGUUUACAUUCUUGACAUAAAUAUCUUCCCAUCAAGGAACAUGCACCAUACCAUAUGCUCUGUUAUUGCUGCCGUCCAGCACUAUCUCUACACUUCUCUUUACACUUGGAUGUUGAUUGAAGGAAUAAACCUUUACUUGAAGAUAGUGAAGGUUUUCUCUUUUGGAAAUUCAUAUGCAACAUACAGCUUGAUUGGAUGGGGAGUACCAGGGGUCAUUGUUGGCUUCGUGACAGUAAUCCAACCUUCAACAUAUGACAUGAGUACAAUGUUGUAUAAAGAGAUCAUGUGCGGAACACUAAAACUCACGGGAACAGUGAAUAGAGAAAGAUGUUGGCUCAACGGAAGUGUCUGGAAAUUCAAAGGACCCGUGCUGGCCAUGCUUCUGGCAAACCUUGCGGUCUUUGCUGUUGUUCUGCGCGUGAGCUUUGGCCGAAUUGGACGCAGGAAUUAUGCGCAGACCACCAGGAAAGGACUAAAAGCAAUUUUCGCUUUGCUUCCAUUGCUGGGUGUGACGUUUUUGCUGGGCUUCUUUGUUGAUUUUCACGUUACUUUGGAAUAUGUCUUUGUUUUAUUGAAUUCCAUUCAGGGUGUGCUGUUCUUUAUCUGUCACUGCGCAUUUGAUGAUCAGGUUCGCGAUGCCAUGAGUAAAAUGUUACGUAAAAAAAAGGCGGGUUCACAGUCUCCAGCAAUUCAAGCAAGAGUCCAAAAUGGUGACGGAAAUGGCUCACAAAACCAAAAAUCUUUACUUUGUUGCCUGCGAUGA